AGGAAUCCCGCCCGCUCGCCGCACUUUUCUGGAGUCAUUGCUUCAUUCAACUUUAUCCAGAACCGAGUGCGGGCGGGCGCACGACGAAGUAGAAGUUUUUUUGCUCACUGGCAAGGACACCCGUGCGGGCAAACGCCACUAGAGACAGGAUGGCGGCCGCGAUGGGACCCUCCUCACCCGUGCACUCGCAAGCCGUGAGCGAGCUCUGCCAGAAUUCCACAGAAACGUUUUUAGAGGCCUCUCGCUUGCUGCUUACCUAUGCGGACAAUAUCAUCAGUCACCCAAAUGAAGAAAAAUAUCGCUCUAUUCGGAUUGCAAAUCAGAAAUUUUCCACUAGAUUGUUGCCUGUCAGAGGAGCAAUUGAAUGUUUGUUUGAAAUGGGGUUUGAAGAGGGGGAAACUCAUCUUGUUUUUCCUAAGGAAGCAUCAAUUGAGCAGCUACGCAGAAUUCGAGAUCUAAUUGCCAGGGAAAGAAAUAGUAGAUUAAAUGGAUCAAAUCAAUCAGAGCAAUCGGUAUCCUCUCAGAAGGCAACAAACACACAGCCUGCUGCAUCUCAGCCAUCAAGAACGGUUGACUCCAACCCAGACCCAGCUGCUCAGGCUGCUGUUAUGACGACUGAAGCAGUUUUUCUGAAGACAAUGCAAUCAAAUUUUCAGCAUGUAGUGGUAUAUGAGAACCCUGGUUUACAAAAGAAAGCAUUGGCUUGUAUUCCAAUCCAAGAACUGAAAGAGAAAGCUCAAGAAAAGUUAAAACAGGCAAGAAAAGUGGAUAAAGGCACCCUUGUGAAUGAACAGGAUUUUCUAUUGUUGGAGCUCCUGAACUGGUUUAAAUGUGAUUUUUUCCAGUGGGUAAAUAACCUUCCAUGCAGCAAGUGUGGGGGCGAGACAGAAUCUAAAGAUAACUUGCCACCUAGUGAUGAUGAUUUGAGAUGGGAUGCAAGUAGAGUUGAAAAUCACUUCUGUAACCAAUGCCAGUUUAGCAACAGGUUUCCAAGGUACAAUAAUCCUGAGAAACUUCUGGAAACUAGACGUGGGCGUUGUGGAGAAUGGGCCAACUGCUUUACCCUUUGCUGCAGAGCUGUUGGGUUUGAAGCAAGAUAUGUUUGGGAUGCAACAGAUCAUGUGUGGACUGAAGUUUAUUCUUCAUCCCAGCAGAGGUGGCUUCAUUGUGACUCUUGUGAAAAUGUCUGUGAUAAACCCCUUCUCUAUGAGAUUGGAUGGGAGAAAAAGCUAUCCUACAUUAUUGCAUUCUCCAAAGAUGAGGUUGUUGAUGUCACAUGGCGAUACUCCUGUAAACAUGAAGAAUUGCUCUCUAGGAGGAAACGGGUCAAAGAAGCCAUACUGCGUGAAACAAUUAAUAAUCUUAACAAAGUGAGGCAGCAAUCGUUGACUGAAGGAAGAAAAAGGGAGCUCUUGGAGAGAAUCAUUGUGGAGCUUGUUGAGUUCAUUUCUCCUAAAGUGCCUAAGCCAGGAGAACUUGGUGGAAGGGUAUCUGGAUCCAUGGCUUGGAGAGUGGCCAGAGGUGAAAUUGCUGUUGAGAGCAAAGAAGUUGUUUUUAUUCCAACUGAACAAGAGAAGGCCUCUAAGCUUUUGCACCUCCGCUACAAUAUAGUAGAAGAUCGUUAUACACGAAUAUCCAAUAAUAAUGAAAAGAUUAAUGGCUGGGAGAAAGGUGUAUGGAGAAUGGAAUCUCUGUGGAGAAAAGUGGAAUCAGACUGGAAAAUGGUUUAUUUAGCCCGAAAAGAAGGAUCAUUGUCUGGCUACAUCUGCUGGAAGUUUGAGUGUGGCUCAGUUGGUCUAAAAAUAGAAAGCAUUUCAGUCAGAACGAGCAGUCAGACAUUUCAGAGUGGAAGAGUAAGGUGGAUGCUGCGCUCUGGAAACACUGUCGUCGAUGUAAAUGGAGAUAAAAUCUUUCAUGCUUAUCCUGGUAUUUCCAACGUAACAGAUGUUAUUUUGGAAGCUGAACUAAGUGGAGGGGAUGGUGAUAUUGCAUGGCAACACACACAGCUAUUUCGGCAAAGUUUAAAUGAGAGCGAGGAUUGUUUUGAGAUCAUUAUAAAAUUCCGUGACCUUUGAAUAUCUAAACAGAGAAGACAUCUCUAUCAAGCAAGGACUUGUGGCACAAAAUAUAUUUAAAAAACCAUAAGAACUUUGUUGGAAGGUCUUUCCCCUAAUAUUGUAUUUUUCACAGGGCUGUUGUGAAGAAUCAACUUUCCAUAAUGUGAAACUUAAUGAAAUCCUGGAAACUUGUAAGUGGCUGACAUCCAGACUAACAUAGCACAGGCUGAAUAAUAAUCUCUCAUGCACACAUGAUUUUCCUUUCCCUCUGCAGCCCUCUGUGCCUCCUGGAAAUAUGUCCCUGUGGUCUGCUGGACCUUUGAGGACAUAUUUUUGGGAGGCAAGAGGAGCUGCUGAAGGGAAGAAGGAUUGGGAGAAAUCACCCCUCCCCUGUAGUACAUGUAAAAGGUUGUUCAACAAAUGCAACACUAAUCUGGCUGUCAGCCAUUGUUUCUUGAAAAUGGGCAUCAAAUGCCUAUGCAUCAGAGAAAAGGGAAGAAUGCAGAGCACCAUACAGAUUAGUUACUAAUUAUUAAGCACCACAGAAAUCAAUGAGAAAAGUUAGACAUUACUAAGAAUUACUGUUUAUUUUAAUGGGACUUAGUCAUGACUUAGUCUGGAUUUAGCAUGCAGUCUUUUGCAUUCAGCCACCUAAUGGCACAGCGGGGAAAUGACCUGACUAGCCAGUCAGAGGUUGCCGGUUCGAAUCCCCACUGCUAUGUUACCCAGACUGAAACACCUAUAUUGGGCAGCAGCGAUAUAGGAAGAGGCAUCAUCUCAUACUGCGCGGGAGAUGGCAAUGGUAAACUCCUCUUGUAUUCUACCAAAGACAACCACAGGGCUCUGUGGUUUCCAGGAGUCGACACUGACUUGAAGGCACAACCUUACCUUUACCUGUUGCAUUCAAAAAACAAUUAGAGCUAUAAUCCUGUGCACACUUACUUGGGAAUGUCCCAUUGAGCAAAUUGGGAUUUAAUUCUGAGGAAACCUAAGUUUGGGGUGCAUUUCAUUUACAGUUAGGAUACAUAUUUUCUAAUGUUUAAUCUAUACAGGGAUUUUUAUUUUUUUUACUGAAUGACUAUUUCAAUGAUUUUCUGUUUAAUUUUGAAUUUAGAAAUUCUGUUUUUUGGUGAUUGCAUUUUUGUUUGCUUGCAAUUUUAUAACUGGCAGUUUAUUUCAUUCAAAAUAUUAAAGUAACAUUAAACUGUGAAAUAAAUACUAGCUUCUGAUGUUAUUUUUGGUUGACUUUAUACUCUAGAACUGAAACUGACAGAAUAGUUAACUUUGAUUUCUAUUCAGUCAUAUCUAAAAUUUCCAAAGUUAAAAAUAUACUCUGAUCCAGAAUUCAAUAUUUUGGAGGUUAGUCAUAGAAAAUUUAAAUUUAUUGUGCCCCUAAAAUGGCCAGCCGUGUAAAAUGUUAUCUUAAAUGACCUCAAAAUAUGAAGUUUUUUAUAUAUAAAAUAUCUAGUUAUGCAUAUUUUUGUACAGUGUAAAUAUGAAUUUAUCCACUUUUAAAAAUAAAGCUGCCAUUUCAAUUGAGUUACUUGUAGUCACUCUGCAGCUAUUUCCUUGGGUCAACUUUAUAUAUAUAAAUAGCAGCUCUUUGUCCCAGUCUAGACCCCACUGAAUGCAUCAAGUGGUGACCUCUGAAGCCCAUGAGUGAUGGAGCUCUUCAUUCAUUUCAAAGGAUGGAGCUGUUCCAAGCAAAUCAAGGAAUCUACCCUGGUCUGCCCUUUCACUGAAAUGAAAGUGUAAGGACUUGAAAGGCUCCUGUUUAUAUAAUGGAGUCUCCACCCAUGGGCCUCAGAUUAUUGGUUGCUUUUGCUCAUUUUGAAAAAUAUGUUUAUGGCACAACCCACUAGGUACAUCAUCACGGUAUUUGAGGAUGAUGACUAGAUACUACUGCCAUGCCUAUCCUGCUGAUAUGAAUAGGAGCCACAAGAGAGCAAACAGUGUCAGGUGAAUGGUGCAUUAAGGUGAUUGUGUUCAUUACUUAACUUCCAUUCCUUAAAACUGAAUUUGCUGCUUAAAAUUUGCUUCUGGUCUCUCUCUACACUUGUGGCUACAGGCUGGAAGUUCUGUAAAUGAAGGGACUCUGUUCCAGACAGAUUUACAGCACAAUACUUACUUGCUCAGAAGUAAGUGCUACUGUGUUCACUGAGGCUUGCUCCUACGUAAGUGUGCAUAGGUCAUUUUUAACUUUCAUUGAAAUCAGUGAGUCCUAAGUUAGUCAUUGAUUUGCCCCAAUGAUUUCAAUGGAAUGUAAGCAUAAUUAACUUCUCUGGAUUGAGGUGAGUGGUUGACAUGUUCCACAGUGUAAUGCAGUUGGUUCAGAACUAUCCGUGCCACUGUGAGGCUCUAAUACACGUGCCCAUGGUGCUGCACUAGAGUAAAAUUCACCCUUGUAUGUUCAAGGGCGAGUUGUACCAGAAUAGCCUUCUUGCGCAACAUUGUGAGCAUGUGUGUACUGGCACAGUGGUUCUGAACCAUCCACGUCAUCCUGUGGGGCAUGUCAGCCAGUAUUUCACUAAAAUAAAGUGGCUGCUUGGUUUCAGUAACUCCUUUCUGUGCAAUUGGGGAAACUGUGGGUUCAGCUGUAAGGAUAUUCUCUACUUGCAGCCCUGGAGGUAAAAAAUAAGGAUAGAAAAUUAAAGUGUACUCUCCGUACUGUAUAUAUUCAGUGAUUUGAAAGGAUUCAACCAUUUCUUGCUUAUGAAACCUCCUUCCUAAAGACACUCAUACGCACAGUUUUGCCAACAAAAUAACUUGUACAUAAUUGUGUUUAGAUUAGAGUUAGAUUCAGUUAUAGCUAAUGAAGUUAUUAAACAUACUGCAUUUUACCCUGUUCUUUGACUUAAGUCAUCUAUUAAAUGGGGAGCUCAUCAGGACAGAAACCUCUAAGGAGUUUUGCCAGGGGAAAAGAUCAGGUUAAAGAAAAUAAACAGGCAAGUACCAUUGGAGAAAGCUGUGCACUCAGAUUAAGCUUUGGAUAACCCUUCAAGUGAAAAUAAUGUGUGUUCUGAAUGGCAUUUCUGCCUACACAUUUUGAAAUAUUAUUCCAUAAUUAUAGAGUCUACAAUUCUAAUAUUAUGAAACCUAGAAUGGAUUAACAGGAUGUGAUGAUAAAUUUAUAGGGUGAUAAUCUCACUAUGGACAAGAUUUCUUCCUUUGACAUAUUGUCACAGAAAUUAAAAGAUCAUCCCAUGGGAAGCAAAAAAUACAGCCCUGCAGUACAGAGACUACUACAUUUAUUGCAGAACAAGCUUUGGUAGGCUGUUGCCCAAUUCACCUGAUACACACCUGUAAACUUGGGUGAUGUAUACAGUGUAUGAGGUACGGUUUUACAUAGUGAUACUAAUAAUAAAAUAUAAAAGUUACUUAAUCAAAGUUAUUUAUGUCCCUAGACCCAGUCCUAACAGAUCAACACAAAAUGCAAUAAAAAAUAUAUGCAUCUACUGAAGCUUUGGACCUCCUGUCAAUAGUACUAAGCGGGGGCUAAGUAUUUCCAAAUCACCAAAUACUGUUCAAUUUGCACGAGACAGACCCAAAUUUACAACACUGUGUAUGAGGUAUAAUUGUCCUUCCAUAGUUAAGAGAGCUAGCCAGUUAGAACUAGAGAUAAAGUCUCAAAUUUAUUGGUGAAGUAUUUUUAACUUGGCAGCGUAAAAUCCCAGCCACUCUUUGAAUUUUUUUGGUAAAGUAUGUUUACUCUGGGACAUUGAAAUGUUUGCCCAUCGGUUCUGAAAGUUGUCAUUUUUAAUGUUUGGUUUGUGUCUAAUUAUUAUGUUAUAUAGAGGCUAUCCUGUUUGGUCUAUGUGAGUGGCAGAAGGGAAUUGUUGACAAGUGAUGCCAUAUAGUAUAGAUGUGCAUGUGAGGAAAUUACUGCUGUUGCACGAAUAUCAUCAUGUAUCUUAAUCCACCAAUAGACUGUUGAGCAUGAGGUUUCUCUGAUGUAUGGUUAGCAUUCUGAAUUUGGAAGAAGAGAAUACAUAUGUUAGACUUCGAUUUUGUUUUCUGUUGAGAGGGGAACGACAAUUUUCUUUCCAAAAUAUGUUUUGCAACUCAAUUAUUUUAUGAAAUAGUCCUGUAUGGGUGUGAGAUAAAAAAUUUAACCACAACUUAUUAUUCAUAUAGCUGCUUUACAAACAGAUCCCUGAGCAGGAUCUGAGAGGAAUCUAGCAACCAUCUCAUGGGAUCAAUUCUACAAAACCUAUAUGAAGGAACAGUUUUGGUCUAAUUGUUCACAUGGAUGUGCUAAGGGGAUCACUUCUGAGAUUUAUUCCACACUUGUAAUCUGAUUUUCUUCAUCCCCUGUUCCUAAUUAGACUUUGACUCAUCUACCUGCAAAAAAUUAUGAUUUACCCCAUUAAAAGCCUUUAAGAAAUUGAAACAUAAAGUAUGGUCAAAGCUGA